AUGCAAGAAUAAGGUAUGUGUUGUGAUGGAACUAGGUUUUUUGUAGGUAAUACACUAAAAGCACCAUAAGUGAUAUUUCGCAAGACUGUCUCAAUAGAUGUUUGUAUGAUAUAUGUUCUAAUAAGCAGAAAGUCCAGAUUAGAAAGAACAAUACUUCAAAGAAUCUAAAUUAACAGUGUCAUUCUCUUCACCUCCCAACUCAGGAUGUGAGAAUUGUAUCCCUGACGAGGAAGUAAUAUCAUAUUACAUUCCAGAAGAUAAUCAGUCUUACACUAGCUACAAACAGGUUCGUUUCUCAGAACCAACAGAUAAGUAUAAAAGUAAGGUUAACAAGUAGAACUGCAAAUGUUCCCCAAUAAAAAUACAGACGACAACGUUCCAUCCCAAUACCUGAAAAAGUAUAAGAGGAUUUAAUUGGAGAGAGUUAAUAACUUUCUCCUAAUUUGAAUGGUCAUAUCAACCUCUAAGAUAGGUAAUUACCAACAAACUAGAACACAAAUACAAAUCAAGAAACGGAAAACCAAUUUAACUUCAAUGCAUUAUCUCUUUAAAAUAGUUUUUGUUGCAAAACUAUUUCCUCUUAUGAGUAAUUAGAUUAAGCGAACCAAAUGGCAGAUGAAUUAGUAAACAUAGUUAAAAAUUAUUUAAAUGACAUCCCAUUUAAUGAAAAACACUUUACUUUUGAUGAACAAGAAGAUGAAUUUAGAAAUAAAUUUAAUUUAUAACAAAAAGUCUUAAAAGUAAUGUGUUAUGAUAAAUGUAGAAAGUAUUAGAGCAUUUAAAUUUCAAAAUGAAUCUUACUUUAUGUUCUCCUAUCUCAAGGAUAUCAGCUACUUCUCCUCACUUUGAAGAUCUUCAUGUAAAUGUAAAAGACUUAUAAUCUAAAAUUGAAGAGAUAACUGAUUAGAAUGAUCUUCUGAAAGAUAAACUUGAAAUAUAGGAAUCCAAACUAUUAGAGUAAUAUGAUUAAAUCAAAAAGUUGCGUAUAAACAUACUAGAAUUAGAACUAGAAAAUAGAAGCAUAAAAGAUGAAUUUGAAAAACAACAAAAGACUGCUAAGAGUCUGAACGAAUAAAUAAAUUAGCAAAGGUAACAAUCAGAGGAAUAUGUUAAAACAUUACAGUGUUAGUAAUUGAAAAUAUAAUAAUUGGAAUAAUUAUUAGAGAAAUAUCAAAAGAAUAACAAAUCAACAAAUUAAUCUUUGAAUAUUAACUUGAAUUAGUCUUCUAAACCGGUUAGAAGACAUACAAAUUCUUUUCAUGAAGUAUGCUCCUCACCAAAUGGUAAUAAGUUAGUGAUUGUUAACAGCAGUACUAAUAGUUCGUAACAAUCUCCCAGAAAUUUAUAAUUAUCAAAUAAUCAUAAAGUAUAGCUUUUAGAUGACACAACUUAUUUUGGAUCCAUAUUAAAUGAUAAGAAACAAGGAUAUGGUAAUCUGAGAAAGGGAGAUAAGAAAUUAUACAUGGGUAUGAAUUAAAUUAUUUACUCUAGGCUUUUGGAAAGAUGACAAUUUCAAUGGGUUUGGCCAUUUGAAUAAUGAAAUUAUCGAAAAAGGAGUGAUAGAUCUGAGUAAUCUUGAUAAUAUUGGGAAUAAAUGGAUUAGCUAUUAAGGAGAAUUUUAGGAUGGAUUAUUUCAUGGAUAUGGAAUUUGGACAUUUAGUGAUAAUUCAAGAUUUCAUGGCUAGUUCCAGUUAGGAAAAGCAAAUGGAAGAGGGUAAAAUUAUAUAAUCCAAUUAGUACUUAUUAUACAAAUCUUAAUACUAUCACAGGAAUAUGGAAAUAAAAUAUUAAAAUUUGA